AUGGGCAAAUCAAAGAAAUCAAAGACAAAUGUUACUGCUGCCUCCAAACAAACUGCCAAAGACCAAGAAACUCAGAGAUUUGAAGAAGCACAACAAAUUCUGAACACACCCAAUGUGGUAACCUGCGUCAAGAAAGUUGAAGAACUGGUUGUGCUCUGUGGUCCUAUUUACCACAAACUGGUGGUGGAAUUCUGGAAAAAUGCAGUUUGCAACGACUACUACGUCGUUUCCCAUGUGCUGGAUAGGAAGAUUGUGAUUUUAGAAGAGUCCAUUGCAAAGUUGCUGGGCAUGGAGUUCCAACAGGGUAAAAGGAUCAAAAACGUUGAUGCCAAUGUUCCUGGCAUGAGGAAGCUUGUCAAUUUUGCUAUUUAUGACAACUGGACCAUGGAUAGGACCAAGUAUGCUAUAAAGGAUCUGAAGCCCAAGAUGAAGAUCUGGCAGAAGAUUUUCAUAUCCUGCAUCCAUCCCAGAACAGGCGGAACUGAUUAUCUCAAUGCAACUCAGAAGGUAAUCAUGUACUACAUUUCUAGGGGUGAGCCUGUAUGUCUGCCAUUUCUUCUUUUCAACUAUCUGAAGGAAUGUGUUCAGAAGUCAAGAACUACUGGAGGUGAGAACAAGAGGUCUAUUUCUUACAUUCCUUAUGGAAGGUUACUCUCAGAUAUCUUCACUCAGAAUCGACUGGUCAAGGCUCUGUUUGAUCUGGGACUUCAUGAUGAUUUGGCUAUGACCAUUGGAGAUCCUCUCUAUGGGACUAAGCUGAAGAGAAUGCAGAUUAUUGAGAAAGUUCAGAUUGAACCUAAAGAAGACACAUCUAAAGAGAUUCGUCAGAAGAACUACCCAGUUAAUGACUUUCCUCUAUGGUCUAAAAAGGACAAUCCAGCAUGCAUUCUGGAGUAUGUGAGGAUGCUCAGAAGAGAAGGAGGUCCUAUCACCCUUGAAGAAUUUGUCACAAACCUUCCUGAUAGUCCUCCUGAGAUGACAACAAGGAAAUCAAAAAGGGCAACAACCAGUAAGCCUUCAGAUCCCAAGGGCAAAGAGAUACUGAUAGAGAAGACCAAGAAGACAAAGGCAGCAUCUAAGUCAGUAGUCAUCAGGGAACCAGUUCCAGAAUCCUCCACGGAAAGGACUCCAGAAGAGUCAUCUGAGGAAUAUCAAUCUGACAGCUCUAUGGAUUCUUCCUCUGGAACCCAAGAAGAAGAAGUUCCAGCUAGAAAGAAUGUCAAGAUUUAA